CAUAAGCACGGAGGAGCGAGCUUCCGACCCUGUUGUUCUGGUUGCUCCUAGUCCAGUCCCCAGUUCGAGGCUGCAGCGACGGCGGCGGCGACGACGUGCAGCGUCAGCGGUGUCGGUUCCGAGAGGUUACUUAGCUGAAAACUAGGAAGACUGAAACUAUCCUACGACCAGGACAACGCCUCAACGUGAACAAGCACGCUUUAAGCUUGACAUUAUUUCAGAGAUAAGAGUGACAGGUAAAUUUGGGCAAGCAAGAUGGCUCUCUCAUCAGUUUUCAGGCGAGUAAAUGUCAAAGAACUGAUCUCAAGUGUUCCGGCAUACACUAGCACAGCAGAGGCUUCUGGAGGACUGAGCUUGGUUUUUAGGCGUUGGGCCACCAAAAAGACUGCUGGAUCAACAAAAAAUGGCCGCGACUCUAACCCCAAGUAUUUGGGUGUUAAGAAAUUUGGUGGAGAGAAAGUAGAACCAGGAAACAUCAUCGUUCGCCAAAGAGGAACCCGCUUCCAUCCUGGGAACUACGUUGGAAUGGGGAAGGACCACACUCUCUUCUCCUUGAAGGAAGGCCACGUGAGGUUCGAGCGGAAUAAGCUGACUGGUAGGAAAUGGAUUCAUGUGGAACCUGCAGCUGGCCACACUCUCCACCCUGUCUAUGCCACCACGGCUGAUACGGAGCAACUUCAGUAGCGCUCUGUCCAUGGUUUGCAGUAACAACAUGUCGCUGAUAGCUUCCUGGGAAGGCUUUACUGUUUUGCUCCGGCUCGGAUACCUUCAGUCAAUGAACUUCUCUCAACGAAGAUGAUCCUAGGUCUGGAUAAUUGCAAUAAGUAGUAACUUCAGCAUGUUUCUGAUGCAUUUUGAGUAUCCAUUCUGCACUUCCAUGUGUAGAUUUUAGUCUGAUUAGCUGCAAUGAGUAGGUCAUAUGCUGCUUUUCUCUGAAAUCAUCAGUGUUACUUCCAGUCGUUCCGUUCUCCAAGUUUGCCUACUGACCCUUGACUCA